AUGGUGAGCGAUGACUAUCUGGUGGAGUGUAAGAUCAAUGAUGACAGUGAUGAAAACAGUGGAGGAGGAGAACCAAUAGACAUUCCUCCUCCUCCUCCAGAGUUUGCAUCCAAAGCCCCAACUCCUGUGUCCAUUACGGACCCUUAUGGCAUCAACAAGCACCUAAAGGUAGAGGUCAGUAAUGUGCUGGCAGAACCAGCUAGACUUCGUAGCAUUGACCAAGUGUGGCUUUACAGUGUCGUUGGAUUUGAGAGGACUCGUAUAUGGACUUAUCGCUGCCUCACCUUGCUGUUUGCCGUGCCCUUUGCUCUUCUUUGUGGCAUUUUCUUGGCUAUUUUGGCUUGUCUACAUGUCUGGUAG